AUGCUCGCGAGGAAGGCGCCGGGCUUCGUGCCGGCCCCGCCGUGGGGGCUGCGGCUGCCGCAGAAGUUCCUCUUCCUCCUGUUCCUCUCGGGGCUCGCCACGCUGUGCUUCGGGGCGCUCUUCCUGCUGCCCAGCUCCUCGCGCCUGAAGCGCCUCUUCCUGGCGCCCCGCGCCCGGCCGCCCGGCCUGGAGGGGGUCCCCGAGGGCGCCGGCCGCCCCCCGGCCCGCGAGCGGGAGUCGCCGCCCGACCCCGCGCCCGCCGCGCCCGCCCCGGGCGGGGAGGACCCCGGCGGCCGGGCCGGCCCCCGCCGCAGAAAGGGGGCGCGGCGCACCCCCCCGACCCGGCCGCGGGAGGAUGUCACGGCCGCGCGGGGCAGCAGCGCCGCGGCCCCGGGACCCCGGGACGGGGGCGCCCCGGGCAGCUUCGACUUCGGCGCCUUCCGGAGCCGCCUCCAGCACCCCGUCCUGGGAGCGGGGGCCGACGAGAGCGGACAGCCCCAGAGCCGGGUUCGAACCCAGCGGGAGAAAAUCAAGGAGAUGAUGCAGUUCGCCUGGCAGAACUACAAGCGCUACGCCAUGGGCAAAAACGAGCUCCGGCCGCUCACGAAAGACGGCUACGAGGGCAGCAUGUUCGGAGGCCUCAGCGGGGCAACCGUCAUCGAUUCCCUCGACACCCUCUACCUCAUGGAGCUGAAAGAGGAGUUCCAGGAGGCCAAGGCCUGGGUUGAGGAGAGCUUCCACCUGAACGUGAGUGGAGAAGCCUCCCUGUUUGAGGUGAACAUCCGGUACAUCGGAGGACUCCUCUCAGCCUACUACCUGACAGGAGAAGAGGUGUUCCGUGUGAAGGCCAUCAAGCUGGGAGAGAAACUCCUGCCGGCCUUCAACACCCCCACAGGGAUCCCAAAAGGCGUUGUGAACUUCAAAAGCGGCUCCAACAGGAGCUGGGGCUGGGCCAUGGCAGGGAGCAGCAGCAUCCUGGCGGAGUUUGGGUCCCUGCACUUGGAGUUCUUACACCUCACUGAACUCUCUGGCAACCAGAUCUUCGCUGAAAAGGUCAGGAACAUCCGAAAGGUCCUCAGGAAGAUCGACAAGCCAUUCGGCCUCUACCCCAACUUCCUCAGCCCUGUGAGCGGGAACUGGAUGCAGCACCACGUCUCUAUUGGAGGACUCGGGGACAGUUUUUAUGAAUAUUUGAUCAAAUCCUGGCUGAUGUCGGCCAAGACAGAUAUGGAGGCUAAAGAUAUGUACUACGAAGCCUUGGAGGCAAUAGAGACCCACUUGCUGAAUGUCUCUCCGGGGGGGCUGACCUACAUCGCUGAGUGGCGAGGGGGGAUUCUGGACCACAAGAUGGGGCACUUGGCCUGUUUCUCGGGGGGCAUGAUCUCCCUCGGCGCUGACGACGCCAAGGAAGAAAAGAGGGCCCACUACCGAGAGCUGGCAGCCCAGAUCACCAAGACAUGCCACGAAUCCUACACCCGCUCAGAUACCAAACUGGGGCCUGAGGCCUUCUGGUUUAACUCCGGCAGAGAGGCAGUGGCCACUCAGCUGAGCGAGAGCUACUACAUCCUGCGCCCCGAGGUGGUGGAGAGCUACAUGUACCUGUGGCGGCAGACCCACGACCCCAUCUACAGGGAGUGGGGCUGGGAAGUGGUGAUGGCCUUGGAGAAAUACUGUCGCACAGAAGCCGGUUUCUCUGGGAUCCAGGACGUGUACAGCAGCAUCCCCAGCCACGACAACAAGCAGCAGACCUUCUUUCUAGCGGAGACUCUAAAGUAUCUCUAUCUUCUGUUCUCUGAAGAUGACGUGCUCUCCCUGGAGGACUGGGUCUUCAACACCGAGGCCCACCCGCUCCCGGUGAACCACACGGACAGCUCCGGCACAGCGGGGGGCCGCCUCUGACCUCCUGCCCCGCGGGGUGCCUUGCCUUUUGGGGACCUGGUACUGUUCUCAGAGGCACUGGGAACGCGGGCCCCAUCCCAGGCAGCCCGUGGGCAGAUGUGCCCGACUAGCAACUUCUUUUCCUCUGUGAGGAGACAGGACUGGAGACGCGGCGAUGUCACCCAGGCCCAGACAUUCCUUUCUAUGGAGAAUUUCUAUGAAACUCGCUCACUUGCCAUUCCAGGGCCGAAGCACCGAAGGUUUGCCUAUGACCCCGUGUAUUUGGUUCACUUUCUUUCAGAUGUUUUUUUCUUGAUUUUUUGGUUUUGCUUGAUUUUUGCCUUUUCUCUGCAGUUGUAGUUUAUCGCAAAUUAUGAAUAUAGUUUUCAAAAUCAUGUGCUUUCAGAAGUGGUAUCUUCCAGAUAAACCACACACACAUACAAAUCCGGACCCUGUUUUCUAUAUUUUAAAUGCAUUUCGCCACCCUUUACUACAUGUUCAACUCUGUGUCAUUUACCUUAUAAUUUGAGGAGGGGUUUCCCUUUGAUUUACGCUCAAGUGUUAAGAACUAGUGCUAUUUUCAUUAUUGUAAUGGAAAAAUCUAUAAACUUACAAUAAAAGAGUUUAUUGAAUAAGAAGUAUGAUUGGAGCCACUGCACAUCAGCAACUCCUGGGGAAAAACAGUGCCAUGUGAUCAUCAGAAAGAAUAAUCCAGCCAGCUGUUGAUUUAAGGUAUGACUCAGUAAAUGACUCCAACUUCUAUUAUGUUCCCUCAAAUUGGUUCUAAUGUAUUCAGGAAGGGUGAGGCCAACCUUUCAAUGGAGUUGGAUAUUUGCACUUAGGUUGCGACUUGGGAAAGUCUCAGAGAGGAACAGCAACUUGCCUGAGGUCACACAGCCAGUGAAGGCAGUGAAGGUCACACAGCCAGAGGUGAGCUCAGCUCCUGCAGGUUGCUCAUCCAGCAGACGCCUGGGCCCGGACCAGGUACCAGGGACACAGCAAUGAGCCAAUGAGGGUCCCAAGCCCUGCCCUCAGGGAACAGGCAGUCAAGUGGGGAGAGACAGGCCUGAGAAUUAACGGUCAGGUAAGUAAAGUGACUGCAAGUGGCAGGAAAUGCUGCGGAUUUGACUGCAGGGCUGAGGUGCAGAUGGCCAGGACCUGUCUUCAGGGGUCAAGAAGAGCCUCUUUGAGCGGAGGACCUUCAAGCCAAGACCUAGAAGAUAAGGAGCAGUGGGAAGAGAACCCACAAAUCCACCUGCCCCCAUGACCAUCACUGCUUCCCUGCAAGAAGGUGAGGUACUAAGUCUGGUCUGCAGAGCGAGGAGCUCAGGAGCCUCUCGCCUCCCCCCAUCCCUCAGCCCUGCAGCUUGUGCACACAGCUGACUUCAUGGGUAGCUUUGAGUCAUCCCCAUCCCCCAUGCUAGGUGGCGCUGUUAGGAAACCCAAGGCCCCCUGGAGUAUUGGUGACCCCGGAAACCCCCACUGUGGGAAUCUGGCGGGUUCACCAUGGUUCUGAGCCACCCUUCCAUCAGUGGGGGGAGGAACCUCUACCCGCCCUCGAGGUUGCUGGGAGAAUAGGAGGGAUGCCGCUGGUGCCCUGGGGCCUUGGGAGGUGCUUCUUUCCUAUUCUGGAGAGUUAGAGCUUCCAGCAGCAUCUUAAACACAAGUCAUAGCAUAAGUGAGCUGGCGCCUAGCAGAGGCCCCGGCCUUUGGGGAGUAAGUCACUGCCUGAACCCAGCAAGUCACUGCUCCAGACGGGCAUUAAGAAAGGGUCAGUCCGGGUCCUCCC